AUGGGGGCAACCAGCAUCCAGGACGCAAAGCUCCUGAUCCAGUCGUCACGUGUAACCGAUCGAACAACGGGCCUCAAAGACCUCAUCCACAUCCUCAAGCACAAUCGCGGCAAGCCCAGCCUCGAGGCGCUGGGCAACAAGGCAUACCUGGCCCUGUGCGAGACUCUGUUCCAAUGCCUGCGUGAUGAACGAGCCGCCUUUGUGCGCAGCAAGGCCAGGACGCCCAAGACGGGCGCCCUCCUUCCCUUGGCCGCCUCGGCCUUGCGCCAUGUUAUUGCGUCGGGCGUGCGCACCAUCAAGAGCUCCACCGUAGAGAUCAUCAUAGACACCAUUAUCCAAGUACUGCCGGUCAAUGGCGGCUUGGUCGAGCCGCUCCUAAGAGACCUGCCCAAGACACUGCGCUCACUCCUCGAAUACCAGCCCCAUGUCGAACGUCUGUCCAAGGACUGCUGGGACGAUGCAGUAGACUUCUGCAUCACCUCACUGGCCGGCUUCUUCUCAGAGCCCAUUGCCGCUGAAGGUGAGCCUCAGAAUAGCUGGAGCACUAACACCUCAAGGCGCGCUCGCACCCCACUCGAGCCUGCCGACUUCCCUUCUCCUAGAGCAUCGCCUCGUGUGGCUGUGUCCAGGACCAAGCCAGUCGUUGCCGAGCAUGCCUACGCAGCAGAAGAUUUCGUGCAAUGCAUCCAUCAUCUCGUAAAAGCCUCAAAUGCGCCAUUGCUUGAUCGCUCCGAGGCUGUCUUGACUGCCCUGUUGCGCUACUUGCAACACAAGACUGGGCGUGGAAGUGUCGUCGUGGCUGCACUUGCAGCCGUGAAUUCUGUUCUUGCUCGUACUGCACUGCAGUCUCUUGAAUUGACUAAGCGGACGACACGUAAAUUACUGCCUCUGCUAAAGUCUAUGUGGUCUGAUGUCAUGCUGCGAGACGAAAUCUUAAUCACCUUAACAUAUACUGAAGCACAUAUCGCAAGCCUCCUAACUGAUGCAUAUGAUGAGACUACAAGCUCGGAUCUUGAGGUGCUCAUCGAGACCAUAUAUAGCGACUAUCGGCGCCGACAAGAAACCACCGCUCACCAGUAUCUUGAAGAAGACCAUCUCUGCUUUCGCCAUCUAGGUUCUCCUACUGACGAUGCCCAUCCACUGCACACUUAUGCUUUUUCGAUGGACACAGAGCACCAACGUCACGAAGGGCUGUGGUCUACAGUCGCUACCAUUGCGCGCUUCUCCUUUAUGCUUGACCAACGAAGACGUACCAUUGCCUGCGACCGCAGCGAUACUGAAGAGAGCUCUAGCAAACGUCUUCGCGUUACUCAGUUGUCUUCAGAAUACCUGCGUCACGUAUCUGAACCUAGAUCCAACGCCAAACGGGCAGCAUUACAAAUUGUUGCCUUCAUGGCACAGCAAGGUCCUUUCAGUGAGGAGGACCUCCAACCUAUGUUAGAGAAGCUUACAUCAUGCAUCUCCGAUGAAAACCCCGUACAUUCAGUAUGGGCAAUGUUAGGCUUGGCUGGAGCUGCCUUCCAGCAAUCAGCAUGCCAUGCGUCACUUCUGCCUUAUUGGAUAUCUGCCUGGCAGAGCGCUUCCCGAUCAGUCACUUCCAUUUCAUUAUCUCGCGUAGCAUGUCAUCUUAUGGACGUCCUGCUUAGGCUCAACAUCGUUCCAUUCUCUGAGGUGUCAGGGACCACCCAAUCCAUACUUGCAUCCAUUGAAUUGAGUGGGCCUGCGCUACUCACGGAGAGCAGCUCAUCACUGAUGACUACCAUCUUACAGGAGCGUGUCAAGGAAAAUCCAACCCACUUCAGCUCCACUGCUGAGCGAAUCUUGAAUUGGCUUCUUGGCAAAUGGACUCCAAGUUCAUGGUACGAGCGAACCUACUCUUCGCUGGCUGCACACCACUGCAAUGCUCGCGAUGUGCUGCGUAUAAUCUACACCUGUCUUGACCUGACUUUUGCUCCACCAAAAGCAGCAAGUUUUCUUGUAUUGGGACCCAUAGCGCAGGCUAGGACUCAUACAGCGCGUUACAAGGAUCUGGCUCAUUACCUCUUGCUUCUUCCAUCCACAGAGGAUUUUGCGGCAAAGAGUGACGAUGAGCACACUGCUUCCGAGGAGCUAAUAAGCGACUAUCACCCUACCCAAAUGGGAAACAGAAUACUUGAUUUCUGUCUCUCAGAGGUUGACAAAGCAAGGCAACGUUGGAAAGAUAUGAUUGCAACAAAUGCUGCGGGCAUUACUUCGGACAUGAUGCGGAUCGUCACGAAUCUCUGCAUCGUUGCACCAGCUGUCGCUGCACUUGGUAACCCGGAUGACCGCCGAGUGUCGGCUCUUCAGUCGUCCGUGAUUGAUCUAAUUGAUCUCCUUUCUGUCACUCUGACCAGACCGCAGACGGAACAAUACAAGAUUGAUGCUGUCCUUGCAGUUUGCACGAAGAGUCUUCCUGACAUUGGUUCACUUCAAGGUCGGGGUACUGAUGUUUACAAGCGAACUGGCAUCCAUUUAGUAGCUCAACACUUGUCCACGGCUUUUGGCCAACGCAAAGACGUCAAGCAGUCAUUCUAUGCAGAGGAUGAAGAUUUCAUGGAGAUGGAGGAUGCAUCUGGCUCACAGAUGACCGUAGGAGCAUCCAUCUUCGAUAACGAUGUACCCCGUCACGACCUCCAGGCUGAGAAUGACAUAUCGGCUUUGCGCGCAUCCUGCGCAGCAUACCUCCAGUUAAUAUCCUCUUCAAUGGACUGCCCAGAACCAGACCAAGGAGUGAUUCCGGCUAGAUUCACAGACUACUUGGUGUCUCUUUCGGAGAGCGAUCUGCUUUACUCACGACGAUUCCUUCGCACAUUGUGGAGCAGUAACUUGGAAAUCUCCAGAAGCGAUUGCCUGAGUCUCCUAGAGCGCUUUAGUGAAGCACUCAUUGAUCCUCGCGCUCGCGAAUACAACACAUCAGAAGUCGCCAAUAGUAUGCUCGUGGAGGUUUUGAUUGGUACAACGCUUGUCUGGACGUCUGAUGCAGUCGACCGGGAGGCCCAAGAUCUCUAUGAGAACAUUGAGGCAUUGUAUGUAUACUACGUCAAGGAGAUGGAAAAGGGAGGAGUAAGACGCUCAGCCAAUUUGCAGACAACUAUUGCCAUCUUCCUUCAUGGUCUACUCAAACACCAUCCCGACUUUGCACACAACCGUAAGGUUCCUUCGGUGCGCACGAGUUUGUUUGAGCUGCUAGCGAGUGGCGAAAUGACCGUCAAAUACCAUAUCGCCGAACGCCUGCCAAGGAUAUUCGAAGACUUUGUUCUGUCCGAGCACGACAAGAUACUACAAGACGUCGACAGUAGUCUUCCUGGAGAUGACGAGGGCACUGAAGGCAUUGCUGUUCGACUGCUGGUCCUCUCGCGGCUGGCGUCCCAAUGGCACACGUUGUUACGCCAUAGCGUAUACCGCAUCUUUGCAACGGCAGGAACGAUACCUGGGGCCGCUCUUCAUGCCGAGCGGUGCAUUUCCAAUGUCGCUCAGUUCAGGUGUCUUGGCGAUUCCCAGAGUCUGUUCAGACUCUUUGCUCCCCAAGUUAUCUUCACAUGGUUGGAUCGAGGCAAGGAGAUCAGUGCGAUCCCUUUUCUAAUUUUCGACUACGAUUCGCUUCCCGAACUGUUACGUGAUAUCGAGGCUGAGGUGGUGGGACAAGCAAUCAUGUUUGGUCGUAAAGAUGAAGUGGAGUACCUGGCCAGCCAGUUGGGCUAUUCAGCACGACAUUUAUUGUCGAAAAAUAUCGGCAAGGCAGCCGCAUACACAAUAGCAUGGGAUACGUGUAGAGGCUCGGCUCGUAACAAAGCAGACUCAAGCUUCGGUAAUCUACUGAAGGAGAUGGUCAGCAGCGACCAGUACUAUGACUUGAUACAGAAGCAUUUCCCCCAGGUUCUUGGACAUAUGCUUCAAACCAUCGAUCACGAAGAACGUCUUGGCAAGUCGUUAGACAAGAAACCUGCCUUUAACCCUGCCGCAGCAGUUCUAGCCGAAAUCACCGGGAUCAGUCAAUCUGCGCAAGGCCUCAACAUGGGGAUAGAGCCUUCAUUCUCCGCCUUUUACUUACCAGAUCAACUGGAGCGCUUAUGUAGACGGACAGGUGACAGGCCUACUAGUUUCUGGUCUCCGAGCACAUAUACUUUUGUGUUGCGCUCUCUACUCGAUCGCAUUCAUCCAGCUCUUGGUUCUCUCUAUGCAAGGUCGGUGAUCCGCAAAAUCCGAGUUGUUGUUGCAUUGGCUGGUCCAAUCGCCCACGAAGGUUAUCCCUUACAAAUGACGCUCCAAUCCCUACGCCCAUUCCUUACAGAUGUGCAAUGCACAGAGGAUACAGUAGGAAUCAUGCAGUACUUGUUUGAGCAUGGAUCUGAGUACCUCCGCCAGCAGCUAAGCUUUGUGACGGGUAUCGGGCUAUCAAUUCUCAUCUCACUUCGAGUCUUUUUAAGCUCAUCGCAGGAAAGCACCACUCAGCAGUCGCAACACAUGGCGAAUAUGAAUGCAGCCACCCGAUUUCAUACAUGGCUCACCGAAUAUCUGAAGGCUCAUGCCCAGGCGAUUGCCACCAUAGAACGGUCCUCAGCUGUCAAAGCAUUCAAGCUCAUUACCACUGCUGCCUCGCAAGUUAAUGCAGAAGGAAACUCGUUCCGCGGUAGCGAUGAAAGCAAGCUCUUGUUAGAGAUUCUAGAUGAUGUCCGUUCAGGACGCAAACUGCUGAACAAGACAUCACGAGACGUUGCUCUAGACUUGCUCUGUCAAAACUUUCAGCCAGCCCCUACUGCACGGGAUGACAUUCUUGGCUUGGACCGCGACGCUGCAGAGUUUGCGCCCCUUGUCUGGGAUUCGUGUCGACGAAGCAAAGUUGGAGAAGGUUAUCUAUUAUGGACGGCACGCGUUUUAGGCCGGGCAUAUAGCGCCUUUGGAGAAGUUAAACAAAGCUCUGCUGGAGCUCGGCCUUGGGCCUUCUCAAGUCAGAGCUCAAAGUCUACUCUUGGUGCAUCUUCAAGAGAGGCCAUUGUCAAAGAAGUCAUUGAUCUCUUCUAUAGUGAUGACCGAACAGAGGUCAGUCUAGCUGAGGAUGCUGUGCGGCGCCUAAUCUCUCGCCUGGUCCCAGACUCGCAGUACAUGGUUGAGAUGCAACGCGUCAUCCCAGAGGCAAUCGCCAAAGCCCUUAUGUACAAACCGCCAGAGCCAGACAACCCGGCGCAGCCCCUGACAGACGGACUUCAACAGGCGGUGUCACCCAAACCCCUCAAGCCAAUAGUCUCUUGGGUGAGAGACUUGACUGUAGCACUCUGCAAAGUCGCAACUGAAGACCCAGUACUCGAUGCUCUUCCUGAUCUUCUGAUAGGUAUAAACCACAUGGCUGAGAAGCUCUUGCCAUACAUACUUCAUCUUGUCCUUCUGGACGAAUUUGAAGAAGACCGAAGUGUUCGCGACAUUGUUUCAGAGGCUAUAGCCGGCUGGUUUCGCGAUUGUAACUCGGCCACGAUACCACACGUCCGCAUCAUCGUGCAGUGUAUUCUCUACCUUCGUAGCCAGCCAAUACCAAAAGAAGCUACUCGAGUGGAUCGAGACAAGUGGUUGGAAGUCAAUUACCUGGAAGCAUCACAGGCGGCGAGUGCAUGUGCCAUGUACAGAAGUGCGCUCUUGUUUGCAGAAACUUCGUCUGGUCAGCCUGUGGUGAAAAGCAGCACAAGGAGAUCAUCCGUCAUGGUCGAACCGCCGAAGAUACCAUUGCAGCUCCAACUUUCCAUCUACAAGAAUCUCGAUGAGCCUGAUUCGUUUUACGGCGUCAAUCGAGGUUCAAGUCUCUUGUCUGUCCUUGACCGGCUUGACUACGAGGGAGAUGGCGUGAAAAGCCUUCUCUUUCGUGGCGCUCGUCUUGACAGUCAAAUGCGUAGGCGGAACGAAUUGGAACCCACUGAUUCCCGCGGCACAGUGAAGUCGCUGAUCAUGCUCAACAUGAAUAGUGUCACGCACUCCCUACUCCUGAACGAGCAAUUUCACGAUGCAGGAGACGAUGUAGUUGCGAGUACAUUCCACACGGCACGUAAGCUGGGUCAAUGGGACAUAAAGGCCCCCGAGGUCAACAAUACGGAAGCAAGUACAUUGUUCAAGGCAUUUCAAGGGAUGCAUUAUGCGAAGAGUGUUGAAAAGGCUCGGGAAAACCUCAGCCAUCAGUUACAAGCAACGAUGAACUUCCUUGCCGGAAAGAAUAACGCAUCCAUCCCUACUAAAGUCCACUUGCGCACCUUGGGGGUGCUGACAGAGGCAGAAGAGGUCAUCAUGACGGAGCGCUCGGAGUAUCUAUUAGAUACAUGGGAUCGAAUGAAAUCCCGGGAAAAAUGGAUGCGAGCUGGCGAGUUUAGCGAUGUGCGCCAACUUUUAUCCUGCCGCGAAACUCUAUUCAGCGUGCUUAGCUCCAAUCCUGCUCUUGUAAGCUCUCUGCAUACAAGAACCGCAACCAUACGUGGUAUGGAAGUCGAGGCCCUCGUGUCAUCUUCUAGCGUGUGCAGGAAGCAUGGCGCCCUCCAGGAAUCGCUUGCAAGCGUGACUUAUCUUUCCGACAUUGUACCACAAUGCAAGGCUAUAGGGCUGGACAUUGAAGCCGUCGCCCAACACGAGGUAGCAAACGUCCUUUGGGAACAGGGCGAGACCGAGGUUUCCAUUCGAAUGCGGCAACAUCUGAUCGACCACGCCAACUUUGAUUCUCAGAACGCUGAUUUAAGCCUUCCUGUGCUUCUUGCUCGACUCGGUCACCAUCUCGCCGAGGCUCGUCUGGCAAAACCGGACACAAUCAUGAGCGAGUAUCUCGAGCCGGCAAUUCGAGAGCUCAAAGGCCAAAGACAAGGCUCGGGAUCGGGUCAAGUUUUCCACGAAUUUGCGCUAUUCUGUGACAAACAACUUCUCAGCCCCGAAGCAGCCGAAGAUAUGGAUCGUAUCAAGACCGUCAUGGACCGCAAGCUGCAGGAAUACCACGACUUCACCAAGCUUUCCAAGACCGACAAGAGCAGAGGAAUGCGAGAGACGUAUCAUCGAAACGCCCGUCGAGCAAAAACUUGGUAUGACCUUGACAAUGCAGAGUACGAAAGAAUGCGCCAAGGACGCGAGCAGUUCCUACGUCAGUGCCUAGAGAACUACCUCUUGUCGCUUUCGGCCUGUGACGAGUACAACAACGAUGCGCUCCGUGUUUUCUCUCUAUGGCUGGAAUACUGCGACACUACUUUAGCAAAUCAGGCUGUGAAGACAUAUCUCAAAGACGUUCCGAGCGGCAAGUUUGCACUGUUGAUGAAUCAGCUCUCAUCGCGGCUGCAAGCGGAGGAGAAUGAUUUCCAGCAUCUCUUGAUGGAGCUUGUAUUCCGUAUCUGUGUAGAGCAUCCAUAUCACGGCAUGCAUCAAAUCUUUGCCAUUCAAAUGAAAGUCGGCGCCAUCACCAGGGAGGAUGUCGUCCGAGCCAAAGAUGAAUCGGCAAAGUCUCGCCAGAAAGCGGCGUCUGGUCUUGCGACUGCACUGAGCAGUGACAAGAGAGCUCGACCAUACUGGAGCUCCAUCUCUCAAUCCAAUGAAAUCUAUCACCAUCUCGCCAUGUUCAAGGGCGAGAAAGAGAGUACGCAGCAAGGCCGCGAGCUGCAACUCGACAGAUACAAGGAGUCCAAAGACUUGGUCAGCAAGGUGCCCAGAUUAAACGUACCUCCUGCUACACUCCAGAUUGAAGUCCGACCCAACAUGAACUAUAGUGAUUUGCCGAGGAUUGCAGGAUUCAAAUCGACGAUGAGCAUCGCAAACGGCCUCAGUGCGCCCAAGAUCAUCACCGCCAAAGGUACCGACGGUCGGCCUUACAAGCAAUUGUUCAAAUCUGGAAACGACGACCUACGUCAGGAUGCCAUCAUGGAGCAGGUCUUUGACCAGGUUUCACGACUGCUCAAGAAUCACACGGCCACGCGUAUUCGAAACCUUGGCAUUCGUACUUACAAGGUGUUGCCGCUUUCAACCAGAUCUGGGCUGAUGGAGUUUGUGCAAAACACUGUUCCGCUGCAUCUGUGGGUCAUGCCGGCUCAUGAAAAGUACUAUCCGAAUGACUACAAGCCCGACAGAUGUCGCAAAGAGAUUGGUGCCUGCCAACAAGACAUUCUCACUACACGAGUCAAGGUGUGGCAGAAGAUUGCAGAAAAUUUCCAUCCUGUGAUGCGCUACUUCCUGCUCGAACGCUUUGAAGAUCCUGACGAAUGGUUCGAGCGCCGUCUUGCGUACACGCGCUCGACGGCUGCCAUUUCCAUCCUGGGUCAUGUACUUGGUUUGGGCGAUCGGCAUUGUCACAAUAUUUUGCUUGACGAAAAGUCUGGUGAAGUAGUGCACAUUGACCUUGGAGUGAGUUUUGAGGCUGGUCGGGUUCUGCCGGUACCGGAAGUGGUCCCGUUCCGAUUGACGCGUGACCUGGUGGAUGGUAUGGGGUAUACCAAGACAGAGGGGGUUUUCCGGCGCUGCUGCGAAUUCACUAUGGAUACGCUUCGCGAGGAAAGGGAAAGCAUCAUGACUCUGCUCAAUGUUCUGCGCUACGACCCCUUGGUCAACUGGAGCGUCACUCCGACCAAAGCAAAACGCAUGCAAGAAGCAAAUCAAGAAACCGGUGCCAACGGUACCGCGCGCUCGACCAGUGUCGCGCCUGGGGGUACACCUGCUCCUUCGGGCCAAGCGGCGGCAGUCGAGGAAGCGGCAGGUGUCGUGCAUGAGAGCCACAAGAAACGGGAAAAGGAAGACCAGGCCGGUGAGGCGGGUAGAGCGCUUAGUAUUGUGGAGAAGAAGUUGAGCAAGACGUUGAGCACAAAGGCCACUGUCAACGAACUCAUCCAGCAAGCUACUGAUGAGCGCAACCUGGCGGUGCUAUACAUGGGGUGGGCAAGCUAUGCAUAG